UUUAUUUCGCUUACAGCCCACUUGUUACUAGGAUCUUUGACUAGGAAAUCUUAAACAUUCCACCAAUCCCAACCGUCAAAGUGGUGUACGUGCGAAUAGAAACGUUCGACAAGUUUAGCCAGUAGGUUAAGUGCAGAGGAGUGAAAUUGGUUGGCGAACGGUGACAAGCUUCUAUCAUCGACGAGAAAAAAAUGUUGAAUGAGCCACAACGUGUUUCUUCGGAACGUUGAUUUCCUUCGACGAUGUAGCUAAAUAAAACGUCAUGGCGAAUCUAGCCGAUGUGUUCACUGAGUCGGAAAGGACUAACUGGUUGAAGGCAUGGCUUGCAAUUGAAAUUUUAAAGUCUGGCCUAGAGCAGUUCGUGGAAAACGAGGCUAAAAUUCUACAAGGCAAUAUAUAUAACGCUAUAUUGACAAGUGGCGCAGUCGCGUGUUCUUGCUGUCACACUGCAAACUUGCUGAAAUGCCCUUCGCCAGGGAUUUGCAAAAAACGAAGAGCAAAUGGCGGAUGCAAAUCUAUGCAUGACACCGCGUCCAAACUACCGCGACCAUGUCCUACUAAUGUUUGUAAUAAAGUCCUUAUCGAAAUUGAAAAUCAACAUAAAUAUUCCAAUCCUUCGUGGAAAAAUACAGAAGCGAUUCACUGGUCAUCAAAUCCAUGGGAAAUAGCAAAGGCUUAUUUUCCUCCAGAUGGUUACACUGAAAAGGGGUCGGCUCAAGAUACUGACUUAAAUGGCAUCAUCAGUUUUAUGAUAAACUGUAAACACUUCGAUGACAAGUUUUCGUUCCCCAUAGCUCGAGGAAAAACACAUCCACCAUGCCUUUUAACAAAGGCGCGAGACAUUGGCAGAACUGUUCGUCAUUCGUCUACGUGCAAGGUCGCAGACACAGAUCUCCGUGGCAUUUUCAUAACACUGACUAGGCUGUUGACUGACCCAAAAUGCCUAGCACACGACGUUGCUGCGCAGGAGGCUUGGAGGAAAUUAGCAAAGCUACAAACAGACGAUCUGAAGCUAACAACGGAGCAAAUUAUUUUGUUAGAGUUUGCACAAGAUAAACUAAAGAAAGUAGAACAUAUAACUGAGACGGCUAUCGAUGAGUUUCGGAUUUUUAUUGAAAACUGUAAAAAGGAUCUAAAUGCACACACUGAGAAAUGUAAGCAGGAACUUGAUGAACACACGGGCAAAUGUAAAGAACAACUGGAUGAACAUGUUCGCAAGACUACAGAAACAGACUACGACAAAUCGUGUAAAGUUGUACCCCGGUUUGGUGUCAUUCAGUGUGAUUAUUGUCGAGAAGGAAAAGAACCCAAAGAUAUUUCAAGCCACGUUCAUGACGGCAGACUUGUUGAGCUGCAAAGGGAGUACAUUUCUCAUCUAAAGACGUGUCUUAGUGUCACAAAUCCAAUUAGUGACGGUGGAUUUGGAAAAGUAUUUAUAUCACAUUCCGAAGUUCCCGAAUUUAAGCAGCGAGUAGUUCUUAAGGAAAUUGAUGUUGGGAAUCAGGAUAAAAACAGGGCCCAACUUCUCGGAUCUGUUAUGAGCGAGAAGCUCGCCUCACGUCUCAUGCACUUUGCCAUUGUACCACUCUUGGCCUAUCAUGACGACCAUAAGAAUGGGACAUUUUAUUUUAUUUCACCGUACUUUGACAACGGUGACUUGUACGAGGCAAUCAAGAAGGACAGAGAUCCUGAGGUCAGAAUAAUUCAAAUGGACAUGAAUACCAGGUUGAGAGCGAUGUAUCAGGUCGCGUCCGCUAUCAACUAUAUGCAUACUGGGAAUCCCUUCAGGGGCACUAUUCUACACAUGGAUAUCAAAUCCAAAAACAUUGUUCUGGACUCACAACUGAACGCAAGGCUGAUAGAUUUUGGACUUUCCCGCGAGUUGAAGGAAGGAAACUGUUCAGAAACUAUGACAACGGUUUAUGGGACAAAAGGAUAUUUUCCAACUGUAGAGCACAAAAAACUGACUCAACAACACGACUGCCACAACUUCGGUGUCGUUAUGCGAGAAUUAUUAACUGGUCGCAACGCUCUAGACCACGAUACGCAUAACCAAGAAAUGCGCAAAUGGAAGAACUUGUAUGUUAAAAAACAUAGACAGCAAAAUAUCUGGACAGACAAUGAAGUUACCGAAAAAGUAGUCAACAUUUCUUACGAAUGCAUUACCAGUAUUGACUCGAAAGAUGCAAAAUAUACAGGAGAUACAAGUUUUACAUCAAAAGACUUGUAUUCGAAGCUAGAGAUGUUGAUGAGGACACCGAAUGAUGUAUCAAAGUGGAUCAGCGUGGAAAAUAACCGAUGUGAUAUAUGUCUUUUGAAUGAAUCCGUCCCAGAUGUGCACACUGAUAUCAACAAAGAAAGAGACGGCUGCCCACACCAUAUUAAGACGUGCUGUGCUUGUAUGCGAAACAGCUACAUCAAUCCAGUCAAAUGUUACGACUGUGGAAAUGACGUCAAGUCCAUAAUAGGUCACGGAUGGGGUGCUAUAUUGAUUGCUGGACAUAAAAAGAACGGUCAGGAAAUGUUCGACUUAGACAUUAAACUGUUCGGAGAUGCUAUUACAAAUUUAGCCCUUCCAGCCAUGUGUAUAAGCCCUGAUAACAUAGAAAUUAUUGAUUCAAAUAAAGGAACGCCGAAAGAAUCGUCAGCCAAGAUUGAUACAGCUUUUGACCGGCUGGACUCGAAAGAUAUACACACUUUGGUAUUUCUUUACUCGGGACAUAAUCAUGAUGCUAAAGGGUUUUGGUUGGGUGAACACCUAGGUAAAAAGAAAUUCUACAGUAUGAACAGGAUAAAUUACAACAUUAAAAAAAUGGCAAACAUAAAACAAGUUAUCGCAUUUCUCGAUUGUUGCAAAUCAAAACCGAUUGAAGUUCGACCUGAAACGAGUCGGAUACAGUUCAGUGCCUCAGGACAGAAGGAGAAUGCAACAUGCGUACCAAAUGAAGUCAGUUUCUUUACCAAAUACUUGCACCAAGCUUUCACAAUGAAGGCAUCUGGUGGCGAAUGUAGUUUGCACAAGAGUCAUUGCACAAUGAAAGGUGACUUCAUCACACUUGGAUCUCUCUUUGACUACUUAAAGGAACACAGAGAAGGUCUUAUUCAAAUGAUUCCGCGUAUGCAUUCGGAAAAUGCGAAUUGGAGGAGCAUCUACUUGGCAUAUAACUUCGCAUUUAAAGUGGAAAUUUCUAUCAAUGUCAUCGUUCCAAAUUUCGAAAAAAUAAUAAAUGUGACACCAGCGGCCUUGACCGACAUUCAAACUCUUAAAUCAGAGAUUCUGUUUCCGCAUUUUGUUGCUCUUCUUGGUGAGAAUUGUGGAAGUCAGGCAACUGCAAAGGAAUUUAAACUUGCAAAGUUGGCAAACGCUUUAGCAAUCGAGGUUGAUUUGGCCUCAAGACACGUCGAAGAGAUAGGCACCAUUGAAAAGCUGAUGCUGGCAUGGAAUUCAAAACGGAUGAUAAGAUGUAAACUUAGAAAGUGCGAGCGAAUUGAUAAAGGCAAGCCUGUCGUUCUUUUGCAAAAUCAAGGUCAACAUGUCGCUAAAAUGGUGUCUGAAAUCUCGAACGGAAAGACGAUAUUUGAUCUAAGAGAAUUGGAUCACAUGAUAAAAUCUUUGGAAAAUCUGUCAAAAUCAAUGGGCGACUUGUCAGAAGCUCUGAUUGACUUUAUAAUUGACGUCCAGGCAAUUAAAGAUAUAACACGGAGCAAGGAUUUAACGCAAAGAGUUGAAAUGGAAUUCAUAAACCUUUUUGACGACGAAUCCGUUACAUUGGUGUAUUUGGAACUGAAAGAAAUUGAAGAUUUGGAUGAAAACUGAACCAAUAGAAGCUGUUUUGAUGGUUAACCAUGUGCUAAGAAUCUAGUGUUUUAUCCAUUAACUAUACUCUUAUUUUAACGCAGGAGCUUUAUUUAUAGCCUAUGGUUGGCUAUAAAUAUGAAGUUAUGCAUAAUUACCCCUUAUAUGUUUAAUUAAGAAUGGGUUUUGUAUUUCAGUAAUACUGUGUACUUUAUAUUGUAUAUGUGUCAUUGAACGUUUUGCUUAAAUAAGUAUGGUGGCUAAUGAUGACCUCGGUGCCAGGCAUAUUACUUAAUUGUUUUCAUGUCGUCUGUGUGUUUUGCUAUUGUUCUAAAUGUUCCGACAUUUUUAAGGCUAGUGUUGGUCGUGAUUUAUGUUGUUUUCAAACCAAGGAAUACUCUAAAAUGAAAAUGUAAGAAAAACAAGUGACUUAUAGCUAUAGCCUGAGCUGUGAAAUGAAAACAAAAUGUUCCCGUGUUACAGACCUUAACACUCAAUGUAUGCCAUUGAGCAAUAUAGUAUCGAAAUAAUGUUGGGGUUUUUAGAGUUCCGGAAAGUACAGGCAACCGAGUCAAUCAUUUGUUUAAGACACGUGGCGUUGAUGUGUUUAUUAAAAUGACCUUCCCUCACAGCACUGGAAACCUUAGCGGACACUAUCCCCGCCCUGUAAUAGUAAAUUGUAUAAGCUACAAGGCCAGGCAACAGCUUCACAUAGGAAACCGUGAACUGAAGACACGCAGUGGAGAUGUUAAAAUCUUCAUAACGAUUUUACCAACACAGUGCACAGCUGUUGUAUGUAGCAUGUGGACUGACCUUAUGGAAAAAAAGAUAUGUAACUUACCGAUCAGAGUAACUGAAAACGGCGAAGCGACCAUGAAACAAAUAGACAGUGAAUCAGAACUUGACAAGUACAAAGUGCAGUAAAUAGAAAAACUAAAUUUCUUUCUUGAUCAGUUUGCAUUGAAUUCGUAAUUGACCUUAGAUUCACGUAGGUUGUGUUAUUGUAAUUUGUAUUCAUGAACUGAGCAUGUGAUUAUGUGACUACAAUUGAAAAGCCCGCUAGCUCGUGUCUCUGUUUGCUCAAGUUCACACCAUUAAACUCACUUUAUUUUUUGUCAACAUGCGACUUGAGCAAAUAUUGACCGGGGUUUAAGAAAUAAUGGAUAUUUGUAAAGUUAAUGAAUGAAAUAUUUGUAAAGAUUACACAAAUAAUGUAUGAUGUACAUCUCAGUAAAAGUAAAUCAUUUACUUAGUGAAAUAAAUUUCUCUUACGAUGAUA